GCCGAAUAUAUAAAUCAGAACAAUGGAACACACAGUCCAUUCCACACUGAGACAGGCACAGAUCCACUCGUGACAACCUACUGACAAGUAACAGACAAUACUAGUUACAAUGCCUGGAUACACACUGACAUACUUCCCAUUGAGAGGGAGAGCAGAACAUAUCCGGCUGCUGCUGGGAGAUCAGGGGUUGUCAUGGAAGGAGGAUGAAGUACAAAUGCAGGAUUGGGCCUCUGGAAAAAGAGACCUAAAGAAAAAUGCGGUCUUUGGACAGCUGCCUCGUUUUCAAGAUGGAGACUUUGUUCUGUAUCAGAGUAAUGCCAUCCUAAGAUACCUGGGUCGCAAGCACGGGUUGAGUGGCAGCAAUGAACAGGAAAAUGCAGCCAUUGACAUGAUGAAUGAUGGAGUGGAGGAUCUCAGGCUCAAAUACUACAGAUUCCUAUUCUUGGAAAACGCACCAAAUAAGGAAAAAUACUUGCAAGAACUUUCAGACCAGCUGGCUGCAUUUGAGCGAAUCCUAGCCAACAACUCAAAGGGACCAAAAUUCCUUGUGGGAGAUAAGAUUUCAUAUGCUGAUUAUAACCUACUGGAUAUGUUGCACUGUAACCUCGACAUUUCCCCGGAAAUUCUGUCCUCAUUUCCACUUCUCUCAGCCUACGUUGAAAAUCUUGUUGCUCGACCAAAACUUAGUGAGUACCUGAAAUCUGAUGGUCGGAAAAAGCGCCCCAUCACUCCCAAGCAUAAGUGACCCACUGGUAAAUUCAACAAGACUAAAAAUAAACAGUGACAUUUUAUAUCGCC